UGAACAUAUAAAGGUUAGAAAGAAACACCUGUAAUAAUAGCCUUGUUAAGUUUCUGAGUUUCAUGGUGGUGAAUGGUGAUGAUUCAUUAUCAUUAUUCAUUAACAUUAACACAACAAAAAGAAAAAAUAUUAUAAAAAAAAUCACAGCGACUAAACAGAAAAAUAUUAUAAAAAAAAAAUCGUGAUAUGCAAAUGCACACUUAAUUAUUUCUCUUCUACUCAUCAUUAUUCUUGAAAAAUAAUCGAUUUUUCACCAUUGCAAGCUUCAAAUUCGCGAAUUCACCACAACGCAUUCCAAUUCCCCAAAUGAAUCUCUUCAAAUCAGACGUAAUUCCCGCAUUCCUUCCAUGAACGAGAUAUAGGGUUCUUGCAACCUUGUUCUUCCCCUUUCACGGAAGAAAAAGAAAACAAAAUCCAUAAGGUUGGCUAACCACAGUUCCAAACCGAAAAUGUUCGACCUGUAUUGAUUCUACCCUUGAUGGGUUCCUCAAAAAGAUUCUAACUUUACCAGAUUCACCAACUAGGUAGGCACAAUGUUCAAGCAAUUCCUCAGCAAGCUCCCUCGCAACAAGAAGCUCGAUGCUGAUGAGUCAAGCCAAGUUAAUUCAUCCUCUGAGCCAAGCUCCUCCAUGGACAUCCCCGAAUCCCCACGUGCCGCUGGUAAAAACCACCAUACAGACCGUGGCAGCUCUUCCAACGCAAAGCGGGCGUCUUCUAUUUUUCCAGAAAGCGCCAUUUCAGGGAUUGAAGCCUUGAUCCCUUUCAAGGAUGUUCCACCCUUGGAGAAGAUGAACCUCUUUGUUAGCAAGCUCAACCUUUGUUGUGUCACCUUCGAUUUCACCAACCCAAGUAAAAACACUGUCGAAAAGGACAUAAAAAGAAGAACUUUGAUUGAACUCGUUGAUUUUGUAGCUUCUGGCUCUAUUAAAUUCACUGAGCCGGCUAUUCUAGCAAUGUGUAGAAUGUGUGCCAUCAACUUAUUCCGUGUUUUCCCACCAAAUUACCGGUCUCGGCAGUUGUCCGGUGGAUCCGGUGGCAGAGAUGGCGAGAAUGAUGAUGAUGAGCCAUCUUUUGAUCCUUCUUGGCCACACUUGCAAAUUGUGUAUGACUUGUUGCUUAAGUUUGUUAGCUCCCCUUGUCUUGAUGCAAAGGUGGCAAAGAAAUACAUUGAUUGUUCAUUUAUUUCGAGAUUGCUAGAGUUGUUUGAUUCAGAGGAUCCUAGGGAGAGGGAUUGCUUAAAAACCAUAAUGCAUAGGGUUUAUGGUAAAUUCAUGGUGCACAGGCCUUACAUAAGAAAGUCCAUUAACAAUGUGUUCUUUAGGUUUGUGUUUGAAACUGAGAGGCACAAUGGGAUUGCUGAGUUGUUAGAGAUCUUUGGAAGCAUAAUUAGUGGUUUUGCUUUGCCUUUGAAGGAGGAGCACAAGAUCUUCUUAUGGAGGGUGUUGAUCCCCUUGCACAAGCCCAAAUCCCUGGGGGUAUACUACCAGCAAUUGUCCUAUUGCAUCACUCAAUUUAUAGAGAAAGAGCCAAAGUUGGCGAGUACCGUCAUUAGAGGAUUGUUGAAAUAUUGGCCUAUAACCAAUAGUCAGAAGGAGGUGAUGUUCCUUGGUGAAUUGGAAGAAAUUCUGGAAGUGAUUAACAUGGUAGAGUUCCAGAAGGUCAUGCUGCCGUUGUUUUGGCGAAUUGGAUGCUGCAUUAAAAGUUCUCAUUUUCAGGUAGCUGAAAGAGCCCUUUUCUUGUGGAACAACGACCACAUCGUCAACCUGAUCGCUCACAACCGUCAGGUAAUCUUGCCGAUCAUAUUACCGGCAUUAGAUAGGAAUUGUCAAGCCCAUUGGAACCAGGCAGUUCUCAACUUAACUCUCAAUGUUAGGAAGAUAUUUGUAGAGAUGGAUGAGAAGCUGUACGUUUCGUGCCUUGCUCGGUUCAAAGAGGAAGAAGCAAGGCAAAGCUCGGAAGCCGAGAAGCGGAAGGAAGCAUGGAAACAACUCGAGAAAGCGGCUGGUGUCCGACCAGAGAUUGGAAACACAACUGUUUUAGUUUAGUGUCUCCAAUUUGAUAACCUUACAAAACUGUAUGUAUCAUAGACCCUCAAUUACAUCUUUUUUCUUUCAUUCAUUUAUUUUUUAAUUUU